AAUCCUAGAAAGCAAAAGUGAAGCGUUUCAGGAAAUCUUCAAGAAGGUAAAACACACAACUUUAAGACCGCACUCUGCGGAGAAGACGACAAAGUCAUCUUCCAAUCCCAAUCCAAACCCACAAAGCGGUGGCAAUUGCUGACCUCAGCACACUAGAUAAAGGAAUAUUACCUCGAAAUUUACAAAAAAUUUCAAUUUCACUGCUUUCUGCCUCCUUCAAAACCCUACCCUUUGCCUUUUUCCCCGUCUUUCUGUUCUUUAUAUCAGUCUUGUGGGCUGCACAUAAUAACAGAUUCAUUUUGCUCGUUUUCAUCCCAUUCAUGGAAGUCGCUUCUCACCCAAUUCAUAAUCCUCUUCAUCUCAGUUAUAGAAGAUCCAGCCUUUGCCCUUCGUCUUCAUUGCGGUUCUAUGAGUGUAGAGGACUAUUUGUUGGACACUCUCCAAUUAGUCGAGCAAUUUUGAGAAAUUCAGAUAACUCAGAUAAUUUGAGUGCCUCUUUAUGCAUUAAAAGGAAGCAUGUGGGAAAAUUGUGGACUUAUCACUUGCAACAGGAGUUGAACUGGCCAUGUUUUGACUAUGAAUUGAAUAAAAGGAACAAGUUGCAAAGGCACACAGUUGUAAGAUCUGAACUUGUGGGAAAUGGGAUUCCCAAUUCUUCCUAUUCAUUGUCAGAAAGUAAAUUAGGAUCAAAAGUUAGAGGAGUGUGCUUCUACGUUGUAACUGCUAUUGCUGCCAUUUUUCUGUUUGUGCUGAUGUUGGUACAACAUCCUUUUGUGCUCUUGUUCGAUCGAUAUCAAAGAAAAGCACAAUUUUUCAUUGCCAAAAUUUGGGCAUUGUUAACUGUCUCUCCUUUUUUUAGAAUUAAGUAUGAGGGAUUGGAGAAUCUACCUCCUCCAAAUGCCCCUGCUGUAUAUGUUUCAAACCACCAGAGUUAUCUAGACAUAUAUACCCUUCUCACCCUUGGAAGAAGCUUUAAGUUUAUAAGCAAGACAGGGAUAUUUCUAUUUCCCAUUAUUGGAUGGGCCAUGUUUAUGCUGGGAGUCAUUCCUUUGAAGCGCAUGGACAGCAGAAGCCAGUUGGAAUGUCUAAAACAGUGUAUAGAACUAGUGAAGAAGGGGGCAUCUGUACUUUUCUUCCCAGAGGGAACACGGAGUAAAGAUGGAAAAUUAGGCACUUUCAAGAAAGGGGCGUUCUCCGUUGCAGCAAAAACUAAGGUGCCUGUAGUCCCUAUUACCCUUGUGGGUACCGGAGAAAUCAUGCCUUCAGGAAUGGAGGGUAUCUUGAAUUUUGGGUCUGUAAGGGUUGUUGUUCAUAAGCCAGUAGAAGGAAGUGAUCCUGAAGUUCUAUGCAAAGAAGUUAGAAAUAAAAUUGCAAGUGUGCUUGAACAGCAAAGUUGAUAUUUUAAUUCCAAUGGGUUGGUGGUAUUAGGUGCUUGUUCUUACACGAAUGAGAAUCAUUGGCUGAAUUGACCGUAGUCUUUCUCAAGGUUGGAUGUUUAGUAUGGCAGAUGUUUUCUGAAGCUGCAGUUAUUGAACAAUAUACAAGUCGGUAACGAUAUCAUCUGGAAUGCAGGUCAUGGCUCUGCCUGGACUUUGCCAUGAUGCAGAGCGGAGAGAAAUUUUGUACCACUUCUACAUGAACUGGGUUUGGUGAAUUUUGCCAAAUCGCAGUUGCAUCAAUAAAAAGGUGAUUUCAAGUUGUCUGUAGUUUCUGAAAGUUCACCGUUGAAACCUUGUCUUUUUUUUUUUUUUUG